UUCAGUCGAAUUUGUGAUUUUCGCGCUGGAGGAGCGUCCCCAUUCAGCGAUCGCGAGCAAUGCGAUUUAGAACUGCAAUCGGAUCGAAAUCCAAUCGCAGUUUCGUUGAUAACUCAACUCAGUUCAUUCUCAAGUGUCGCGUGUGAAGGAAUCUACAGCAACAUCUCAACCCAGAAACUAUAAAACAGAAAAGUACCAAAUUGUAGAGAGUGACAACCAGUUAAAAUGCAGUUACUAAAUUUAGUGUGCCUCAAGCAAAAGGUGGCACACAUCGCCAACAACAACAACCAAAACCAAGGCAAAGAAUCCCACGAAAGAGAUCCGAAGGAUACAGGAAUCUUCGGUUGCUUUGCCAAGAAGGAAGAGCAGCAGCAGAAUCCCAAAAAGAAACAGUCAGAAGAACCCAGAGAGAGUUCCAACUCGGGCAGCUAUAAAGUGCAGCAAAAAGAGCAGGAAGAACAGAGGGAAACCGACAAGGAGUAUCCAGCUGUUUACCGCCAGCAGGACGAGGAGUUUCAUCCGAUAAUAAAGGAGGAGCCCCAGAAAGCCCCACCAAUAUUCAAGCAACCACGUCCGCGAACUACACCGAGAUCGCAAAGUCAGCCGGCUAUAAACAACCGACGACGUCCAGGAACUCCGCCGCCACACACAACCGCUGCUGGAAACGGAACUGGAAGCAGGAGCAUGACCUCCAUACCCGCCAAUUUGUCCAGCAACAAUGUGGCUGGAGCAGCAACUUUACCAGGAGCCGCGGCUCCGCCAGAGAAGCAGCCAUGGCCCAACUCCAAGGAUGAUUACGAGCUGAGAGAUGUGAUUGGUGUGGGUGCCACAGCCGUUGUCCAUGGCGCGUAUUGUAUUCCAAGGAACGAGAAGUGUGCCAUUAAGCGCAUCAACCUGGAGAAGUGGAAUACGUCGAUGGAUGAGCUGCUCAAGGAGAUUCAGGCCAUGUCCUCUUGCUUUCAUGAGAACGUUGUGACCUAUCACACCUCGUUUGUGGUAAGGGAAGAGCUAUGGUUGGUCCUGAGACUCCUGGAAGGUGGUUCGCUGCUGGACAUUAUCAAGCACAAGAUGAGAACGUCCAAUUGCAAGCAGGGGGUCUUCGAUGAAGCCACCAUAGCCACGGUACUCAAGGAAGUCCUCAAGGGAUUGGAGUACUUUCACUCCAAUGGGCAAAUUCACCGAGAUAUCAAGGCGGGAAAUAUCCUGAUAGGUGAUGAUGGCACCAUCCAAAUAGCUGACUUUGGUGUCAGUGCUUGGCUGGCCACUGGCAGGGACCUGUCGAGGCAGAAAGUUCGCCACACCUUUGUGGGCACGCCCUGUUGGAUGGCUCCCGAGGUGAUGGAGCAAGAUCAUGGCUACGAUUUCAAGGCGGACAUUUGGUCAUUUGGGAUAACAGCGAUCGAAAUGGCCACGGGCACGGCGCCCUAUCACAAAUACCCGCCCAUGAAGGUGCUAAUGCUUACACUGCAAAACGAUCCGCCCACUUUGGACACCGGUGCGGAUGAUAAGGAUCAGUAUAAGGCCUACGGCAAGACAUUCCGUAAGAUGAUCGUCGAGUGUUUGCAAAAGGAGCCAUCGAAACGGCCCACGGCUAGUGAGCUACUGAAGCAUGCCUUCUUCAAAAAGGCCAAGGAUCGCAAGUAUCUCACCCAGACGUUGUUGCAAUCCGGACCCAGUAUGGAGACCAGGGUUCACAAGGCGGCGAAACGGCAGCCAGGAGCUUCGGGCCGUCUGCAUCGCACGGUGACGGGAGAAUGGGUGUGGUCGAGCGAAGAGGAGGACAAUGGUGGAUCCGUCUCCGGUUCGGGAUCUGGUGGUGGUAGAAAGCACCCCUCUUCGGACUCCGAUUCCGAGGAUAGACCAAUGAAUCGGUUGGAGAGAGCCGACUCCUCGGACAGCGACAGGGAAGAACCGUCGCCUGAAAUAACACAUAGUGUUUCCUCAGCCACAGUGACACCUGGAGCUCCAGCUGGCACAGCUGCCGCCCAAGAAGUUACAGCUGGCCUGGCUCAACUACAACUACCCAGCGAAUCCGCCGGCGAGGCGCCUCCCGUCAAUCUAGUCCUGCGUAUGCGCAACUUGCGACGCGAACUCCACGACAUUCGCUUCGAGUUCGUGGUGGGAAAGGACACAGCCGAGGGUAUAGCUACGGAACUAGUGGAUGCCGGUCUCGUUGAUGCCCUGGACACCCAGCCGAUGGCCCAGCAUCUGGACAAACUGAUAGCUGCCAGUGCCACAAUGAAAACAAUUACUUUCCAAUUGAGUUCCGGUGUGCAGCCAGGCGAAGUGCCCGACGAACGUUCGCUGGUGGGCUAUGCGCAGAUCUCCAUCACGGACUAGUGAUCAGCCAUGGAGCAUGGAUCACAGCCAACCCAACCCAUCACAAGAGCAUCCCAAACACCAAGCAUAAAAACCAAGCCAGUCUGAUGAUACGUAAGGCCAGAGGGUUCGGGAUUUGUAUUGCCCAACUGGAGAGCCAUUGCCGUUUGCUGCUUUUAGCACUAGACUAGAACUAACUGUAUAUGCUAGUGAUAGAUCUUAACGCGAGCCGAUCGUUUACUAUAUAGAUAAACUAUCUAUACACACAUAUUUAUGUUUAAUAGGAUUGGUCGAUUUUGGUUGGCAAAGGUUAGGUGUGGAAAAUUAAAUUUGUUUGAUUCUAAGCGGUUUUAUUUUUAAAAGACUUCAGUAUAAACUUUGUUUCUGAAGAACUUAAACAUUUUUAAAAUCUGUUUAAAGUUGGCUUUUCAAAUGUAUUUAUUCAUUCAACCAGAGAAAUCGACCUGCCGCUAUUGUUUUUAUAUAUGCCUUACCUAUUAUAUAAAUUCUAUGCGCAUUGUAAUUACUCCAUGUGCCCCACCACCUGUUCCUUAAGCGCCCCCUUUUUUUUCCUCGCCCCGCUAAUGUAGCUAAAGUAAUUAAAGAAUCGUGUACUUAUUCGUUUUCGUUUCGUUCGUAUUUAAGUAGCUGUAUAUACACCACACACAUAUAUAUCUAUAUAUAGUUUUUGUUUUAAAUUAGCCCACUGAAAUCAGUAGAUCCUGAUGUAGUCCUGCCUCUAUAUAUCAUUUACCAAUCGCUACUCCGCCAGGCGCCACUAAUUUAUUCUCUAGGAAUUUAAACAAAUAAUUUGUAAGGCCUAGCGCCUAAGUUUUGUUUUUGUUUUACUCUUAUUUUAUAUUUUACCUUAUAAUUCACCACUCUACUCUGAAUACCUACUGUAUGAGUUUUUUGAUAAGAUCGCAAAAAGAUGUAAACUUUAAGUAAGGCCAGAGAAGGAUAAUGAGAAAAAAUAGGAGAUUAGAAAUUAAAAUUCAAAAUUUUGUAACUACAAUGAAUUAAAAUCGUAAAUCAAUUACUUUUAAACAAUGAAUAAUAUUAAAAAUCAUAUAGUAAAAAAA